AUGGCUCCUCCGCCGCCGCAACCGCGCCGCCGUCGCCUCUCCGCUCUCGCCACCGACAGAUCCGUCUUCCCCAUCCUCUUCGCCCUCCCCGCCAAAUCCCUGCUCCGCUUCAAGUGCGUCUCCAAGACAUGGAACUACGCAAUUUCACAUCCCCAAUUCCGAGACACGUACAACGCCUGUAGGGCAUCUUCCUCUGUACCCCGCUUCUUCUUCUUCCAGGGCUCCGACUUCGAUUACGACCAACGCUCCGGCGCCUCCCUCCACCGUUUCGCCACCUUAAACUCCGCCGGCGUUCCCCUCGACGUCCUCCCCAUAACCGUCUUCGGCGGCCCGAUCAAGCUCGUCCUCCCGAGCUCCCGCGGGCUGCUCUGUUUCGCCACCGAAACCUGCGUCUACCUCUGCAAUCCCUCCACCCACUCCCUCGUCCAGCUCCCGCCGCUCCACGGCGGCAGCGGCCAGACCAUUGCCGGGUUCGGGUUCGGGUACAUUGGAUCGACAGGAGAGUACAAAGUGGCGAGAUUGGUGCACAAGCCUGAGGAAGGGUAUUACGUGCCCUGCAAGUUUGAGUGCUCUGUUUUCACCUACCCUGCAACUCAGCCAGCCGUGACCAACGCCUGGAAAGUGCUGGCCGACCCCUGCCCUUACUUCGUCGCCGAGUUCAGCUUGCCGGUUUUCGUCCGUGGGGCUGAAUCAGUCUACUGGAAGAUCAACCAGAGCCGGCAUUGCAGAUGCAACAGCAAAGCUGGUGGCAGGCAGGAUGCUUUCCUGGUUUACUUGGACAUCAAGAAAGAGAGGUUUGGAGUUGUACGUGGGCCUCAAGGCUGGAGGAGGGCGAUCCACGGGAAUCCUCCGAGGAUCAUGGAGGAUGAACCCGAGGGAAAGCUGCGCAUGAUUGAGACUCCGGGAGACCUCCCGCUUCGCCUGGUGGUGUGGGUGCUCGCUGAUCAGCAGAACAGUCACUGGGUCAAGCAGGCCAUCGUCUCGCUGCCUCCUCUGGACAACAGAACCAUCCUGGGAGAGAUCAAAGUAUACACGAGCGACUGGAUCAUCUUCAGCUCGCCCGACAACGUUAUCAUCUUUGUCAACAGAAAGAAAGGGACGGUUAGGAAGGUCGGCAUUCCUACAGGAUUGCGCAACUUGGACUUCUGUACCUAUACUGAGAAUCUCUUGACCUUGCGACUCCCACCUUGUGAGAGCAGAAACUAA